UCGAUGGAACUGGCAGGGCCCGGCGCACCGAGAGCGAGAGAGAACUCGGCCGACGACGGAGUCCUGGGCAGCCAGUCGGAGCGCACCAGUCGUUUGGCAGAGACCGAGCCCAGUCGCCGGCCGCGCAGCACGUGCUCCACACACUCACGCCAGACGCGAGCGAGCGAGCGAGCGGAACGACGACGACGACGAACGAGAAGACGACGGCGACCAGGACGACGGCGCGGUGGUUGUGACUGAACGGACGGAACGGUGGUGUGCGUCGUGGCCACUCUAACACCGUCGCUGUCGCGCCGCAGAGCCACGUCCACGUGCUUCCAGCAGCUGCAGUGGUCGCGCCAGAACUCGAGCCAGCAGCGCGGCGCUGCCGGGGGCGCCAAUGCCGGCGGCGGAGGCGGUGUCCUCUCCUCGAUAAACCGGAGGCCAUGGCGUUCGUCGGUGCGCGCCUCGUGCGCCUCGCCGCGUGACUUGAAACUGCUCAAGGCCACCCUGGAGGGCUUCCAGCAGCAAACGGGCGCCUCCGCCGGCGGCCCGGCCUCCGCGGCGCACGCGGCCGCCGCCGCCGCAGCCGCUGCCGCCGCCGCCACCGCCUCCGGACACAUGCACCACCACCAGAGGCACCACGCGGCGCCACCGCAACACCAGAUGCCGCCGCACUUCGGGCCCCGCCAGUACCACCACCGCGGUGCCAUCAACGCACAGCCGUCGGCGCCGGGCUCCUCGGCCCAGUCGGCACUCGUCGCCGCCUCCGCCAUCCCUCUCAACGCCAAUGGCGAACCGAUCAAGCUGCCUGAAAAUCUAGAGAGCCUACCUAAGGCGGACCACUUCCCGACGCAGAGACACCGCUGGAAUACAAAUGAGGAAAUUGCCGCCAUCCUCAUCAGCUUCGAGAAACACAAUGAAUGGCUGUCGAAAGAAGUGAAAAUAAGGCCAAAGAGCGGAAGCAUGUUGCUGUACAGCAGAAAGAAGGUGCGGUACCGCAGGGACGGCUACUGCUGGAAGAAGAGGAAAGACGGGAAAACGACGCGAGAGGACCACAUGAAACUGAAGGUCCAGGGCACGGAGUGCAUCUACGGCUGUUACGUCCAUUCAGCGAUCCUGCCAACUUUCCACCGGAGAUGUUAUUGGUUACUCCAGAAUCCGGACAUUGUGCUGGUGCAUUACCUGAACGUGCCGUACCCAGACGACAACAAGCUGGUGAUCUCGCCGAGCCUCGCCCUGUGGGGUGACAAGAAAGAAUGGACCAAGGAAGAGCUCGUGUCGCAAUUGCGACCCAUGUGUGAGUGCGCCCACUCGCGUCAUGCUCCCUAUCGGCUGGCUGGAAACGUUGUCAAGGUUUUCAGCGAAGACGAGCCGGACCUGAACAAUGAGCUCGAGAUCACGACGGCGGAGACGGUGGAGGCGAUUGUCACCCAGCUGAUGGAGAAGCAGCGGCAGGCGAGACAGGCGGCCCUCAGCAAACAACUCGAGUGCGGGUGCCCUGACUCGACGUGCGCCGACGGCAAGGCGUGUUCCCACCCCAUGCGACGCAUUUCGGCCGCCAAGAGCGAGCACCACUCGGCCGCCUCGUCGCCGGCCCCCGGCUCCACCUCGUCCGUCUCGCAGGCCUCCAACGCCUCCGGGGUCAGCACCGGUGGUUCCAACUCCGGGGGCGGCCGGCAGCAGCAGCAACAAAACCAGCAGGUGCUCAGCAUGUCCGCGCUCAACGACAACAACAAUCAGGCCUUCUGUCAACAGGUGUCGUCGACGACCGGUUCGAGCGGCAUGAUCCUCGCCACCUCGUCGCACAGUCUGCAGAGCAUGUCGAACAGCACACGCGCCAUCGACACGAUCAGCACGGUCGGCGGCCAGAGCAACUCGCCGUCGGCCAACAACAGCGCCUCCCUGGUGCUCAGCCUCAGCCAGAUCCAGGGCGGCGGCGGCCUGCUCAUCCUCAACAGCUCCUCCUCCGGCUCUUCGGGCAAUUCCCAAGGCGGCCAGUUGGCGCCGGUGUCAGUGGCCUCGUUUGUCUGCAACCAGAACAGCCUGGUCCGCUCAAACGGCAUCAAGCAGGAGGGCAACAAGGGCCUCGUGCUGAAGCAAGAAGCAAUGGAAACGUCAUGUUGCCACGAGCUAGACAAUCUGAAGAUGGACGUUACAAACGGCAACGUUUCCUUCGAGUCGUCCUCCUCCAUGUCACCGUCCAACUACCCGGAGCUGUCCAAGUCGGUGACGCCAAAGCCGAUGGACACGAGCAGCAACAGCACCACGACCAGCUCUUCAGACCAGCACAGCUACCACUCCAAGGUGGAGGGGGUCAUGGGCGACGGCACCGGAGUCGGCGGCUUCUUCAACGAGACGCUUGACCUCUCGCAAGAGGACAUUCAAAAGACUCUGUCCGCCAACAUGCCGCCUUCCUGCUCCACUGAUCACAUUGCGUCGGUCGUCGGAAAGGCCCCUUCGUUCCAGGCGCCAACCGUCGUGGAGCCCGUGCACCACGCCAACGUGCUGACUGACUCGGUGGUCGAGCUGAACCCGAUGGACUUCAUCGACGGAGACGACGUCUCCCCGCAUUGCGACGACGACGUUUUCGUCAAUCUCGACGCGUUCGACAUGCUGGGCGACUUCCCCGAGCUGGAGAGUCUGGACUCAGGGGGCAUGGUGCACCACCAACUCUCCACCCAGCACCAUCCCAAUCUUGGUGGCCAGUCCCUGAGUCACAGCAUGGGUCCAGCGUCGGUGCACACGUCAGAGCCGAGUCCCAUCGACCCUUCCACCCCUGGGCCCGCAGACAAGAGCAGCCAGUCUUCUCCCAGGAUGGACUACAGAGAGGGCACUGCAAACAUCACUGACUAUUCGCCAGAGUGGGCUUAUCCUGAGGGUGGCGUCAAAGUUCUGGUGACUGGACCCUGGUAUUCAACCACCUCGCCAUACACUGUUCUCUUUGAUACGGUGGCUGUGCCCACCACGCUAGUACAAAGCGGAGUACUUAGAUGCUACUGUCCAGCCCAUGAAGUUGGAUUAGUCACUUUACAAGUUGCAUGUGAGGGUUUUGUGAUCUCUAAUUCUGUGAUAUUCGAGUACAAAAAACCUGCGAGAGGGGAGCGUUUACAGACAACCCAGGAGCCCCAGCAGGUGCAUGAGCGAGGUGGUGCCUCUGAUAAUCUGCUCAAGUUCACUCUAAUGCAGCGCUUGGAGGCUAUGGAUGGAAGACUUCAUAUAAAACAAGAGCCGGACUCAGGCAAUGAAAUGGUCGAAAGUACGUCGCUUUUCACGCAGAGCAAUUUUGAGGAGCGAAUGGUAGCAAACUGCCAACAAAUGACAAACAGACCGUGGAGAGAGGGAGAAGAGCAGCAAUCCUUGGUCGAAACGAGCCAUAGAGGGAUGAAUCUGUUGCACCUGGCAGCCUCCUUGGGAUUUUCAAGACUUGUUUGCGCUAUGCUGCACUGGAGAGCGGAAAACUCGUCGCCGGUGUUAGAGUCUGAGGUGGAUGCGCUGAGUCAAGACAACGAGGGCUUCACACCACUUAUGUGGGCUUGUUUGAACGGCCACCUGGACACCGCUCUUGUUCUGUACGAGUGGAACCACACCGCCCUGAAGAUGGUGAACAAAAAAGGACAAUCUGCCCUGGAAUGCGCCCGGAAAUCUGGGCACUCUGCCAUUGUGGACGAAAUCGAAAAGUUGGAGACGUCCAGGGAAAGUGCGAAAGUCGAGCUGCCCGAGAGCGGGAAAAGUCGAAAGGGCAUCAGAGGGACCGACGGAAUAUUCCUCAGGCCGGGAGUAGUUACCAGGAGUGAAGCUCAAAAAUACAAAGCUCUCAGCGUCGAACUGAAUGAUACGACAUGCAAUUCGGAUGCUUCCCCAAGCUCCAGACAACUGAGCCCAGCGGCGUCUGUUGUCUCCCUGGUUGGAACGGACAGCACUUCCAGCAAGGGUUUCCACCGGUUGUCGAAGCGCCCGUCGGUGGACAGCGGAAUUCACCUUGGCUCUGCCGCUUCUGAUUCGAGGUACAGAAAGGGCAGCGCGUCAAACCUUGGGAAAGACACGCCAAAACUGUCCAGGUUCGACAGAAGUAUGUCUCUGCCCUUGAACUCGCCGGCUCACAUGAUGGACAACUCGUGUGACGGCUCGGAACGGAGCUCACCACCUCGCAAGAUGGAUUUUGCCCUUUGCGAGGUAGCUGCUGCACGCAGUGAGAGUCCUUUGAUAGACGUUGAGGCCCUUUCAGAUGACGAAUCAGAGGCGAAAGCAAGCAAUGUUGGGGAUCAAGAUGCCCGCGUUUUGACACUUGCCGAGCAAAUAAUUGCAGCCAUGCCUGACAGAAUCAAGAACGAGAGCGAGGAGCUCAUGAAUAGAGAGUCCAGCCCACUGCCAGAGUCCAGUGCAGACUCGUUAUCUGACAGCUUCCUUGAGCCCAUGUUAGAUGAGCCAUCCUCUUCCUUUGAAACAUCCGAGUUCAAUUUUGAGUUUAGCGAUCAUAACUAUAGAUAUUACGAUGUUGGCACUCCAAGUUCCAGUAUGUCUCCAGCAUCGUCGAGUUGCUUGCAAAGUCCCAGCUCAUUUACUUUGGACUCGCCUUCUCCCCCUCCAACCACAGCAGAUUUCUGCGAAUUCUUCCAAGCGUCGGGGACUUUGUUUGAAAAGGACUUCUCGAAUCUAACUCUCUCAGACCGGGAGCAAAGAGAACUGUACGAAGCUGCCAAGAUUAUUCAAAAAGCAUAUCGAUCCUACAAGGGUAGGAAGAAGGCCGAAGAGCAAGACAAGGAACGGGCAGCCGCCAUCCUCAUCCAGAACUACUACCGCCGUUAUAAGCAGGAGGACUUAUUCACAGCGCCGGCAGCACCAGGCUGCUCGCAAAAUCCAACAAUUUAUGCGCCAAUCCAAGAACAAUCCUUGGGAUAUAAGCCCUGGACAUAUGAUUGCAGAAAGAACGGGCUUUGGCAGCCGAAAAAGAGAAGCAGGAGGGCAUCCCGGUUGCGGCUUCAGCGGCACCCACGCCUUCUGUAUCCUCUCGGCAAAAGUGGCUGUGCCCACCAGGACCCUCCACAGACCCAAGCAAUAAGUUCAUUGUCAACAGCCGCUGCUUGCGUAAGAAGUAGUUUAGAGGGUCCUGCAUUAUUGAAGGCCAAGCCAUUUGUGGAGGAGGUGAUGCCAAUGGAAGUUGAAGUUGGUCCUCCGCACCUGAUGGCACCACCGCGUUGCAAGGAACUGCAGAUCAUGUCGACCUACCUGACGCGCAUCUUCUGCCUCAUCUCGAUGAAGCUGCAGCAGGAAAAGGCUAAGAAAAAAGAAGCUGCCUUCGGCGGCCAUUUGAAUAUCCCUCCAACACUUGUAAACUAAAGAAGAGAUAAGCACCAAAGCCCGCACACAACUCACGACGACACCCACACACUAAAGCAAAAAAAAAACGGAAAUCGAGCAAGAACUAGAUGCUGAGGGCAGGGCCUUCAAGAGAACAGAGCGUAUUGUUAUUUUUAUCCACGAGAGAGCACGCGACGAGGGCUUUUGGUGCAGUUUUACACAAGAUUGUUGUGUUAAUUGUUAAGGAAUUUGUGUUUUUGUAUGAUGGAGAGUAUAUAAAUUAUUUUAUUUAUGCGAUAUAACUUUUAAGACGGAUUUAACAUAAAAAAUCUUAAUUGCAUCAACACACACGAUGGCGUUGAAAAGACAGUCUACAGUCAUCUCAUGUAAAUACACGCAGUCUUUUGUCAUGGAAAGAAUUAUUAACGCAUAACUUGCUUAUCAUUCAUAAGUAGGCUAUAAUACAAUUCUCACGCAUAAUUAUAAUAACACACAUACGCGCGCAGUAUCGCGAAUUGUUAAUAACUUCAAUAGUUGCUCUCUCUAGUUAGAGUAGUUUUCAGGCGGCUCGAAACGAAAAACAAAUGUCUAUGGUAGAGUCCGCGCGUGAGUGGAUGAGACAUUCUCUGCUUUCCUACUAUAAACAUUACAAUUAAGACUAAUUGCGUAAUCGUAGGCAUCCUCACACCCACACAAACACACACGUUGAUUACCUUUCCUCAUAAUGCGUACUGCAGCAACAACUCUUUACAAUGACAAGCGAGAAGCCCUCACAGACAGAAAAGCAGGCCAUUUUUCCUACCUAAGUAUAAUAAUUAAUUGUACGGUGGAACGCUACAUAUUGAGCACUGAAGUAAAAUUUAAUUGUAACAGUCGCGCCCAUUUGACAUUUGGGUGCGCGCAUUACGUCUUUCAAGAACUGUAUGAGAGGAAAUUGUUACAGAUACACACACACAAACACAUUCACACACACACACACACUGUCUACGAGUAAAUCAAAAGGAUAGGGAGUUGAUUCAAUUUACUUAGUCAAUAUUAUGCUGGGUGCAUCAGCCCCUCCGGACGGCGAGUCUGACUUCGCCACUUGCGGCAUGAUUUUGCGUCAAAAGUUACUCUUUCUAUAUUCUAUCUCUCUCUCACUCUCUAUCGCUCCAAGUAAGCCAGUCAGUCUGCCCUUCGUACUUUUUGACAUUGUUUGGAAUUUCCUCUGACCAACAUUCCCACGCGAUUCCUUGCAUAUGUAUAUUCACUCAAGCGUUGAUUUCUACUCUUCUUGUUCCUUCCAUAGACACAUGCAGCAGUGUAAAAAUAAGUAAUGAUCGUUGCUAUAUACCAGAGAAAAGAGCAGAACAUUUAUCUCAUACACUCCAUUCAGGCCAAUCGCAAUAAACGAUUCUAGACGAUCGAGGCAAUAAGCAAAAAGCAAAAGGAAUUUAAGAAAAGCAGAGUCAAUAAUUUAUGCACAUAACCAAUUGAUUAUAUAAGACGCAUGUUUAUCGAGUUGGAUGGUAUGUUUUAUUUUCCUAUUAUCGAGAAAGCACGCAUAACCACUGCCAUGUGAAGAAACCGAAAUGAAUAUAUAAUAUAUAUAUACACACACACAAACACACACGUACACACACUCACAUUCGGGGUGAAUUGAACACUUCGCUCGCUCGCUCGCUCGCUCGCGAGGGUCAAACAGUUACGAUGCAUUCGCGUUCACGUCUCAUUGUAAAGGCAAUCUUUAUAUUAUAUACUUUGAAUUUUGUACCUCUCGUUAUAGAAAAAGCAAGUUUUUCCUCUUCAAGUCCCUCUUUAAUAACCUCCGAGAAUGAAUUUCGAAGCUGGAUGUGCAAUAGGUCGCAUCAAACUGGGCUGCGUAAUAUACAUUCUGGAAAUAAAAAACAAUCACGAGUUAAUUUUAAAAACUAUACUACGAUAUUAGCAGCCCAAUAAUGAGAACCCGUUGCGCGCCGGCCAAGUAGAUGCAAUCAAAAGUGUAUGUUAAUAUUUUUAUUACCUCACGCGCUCUAGACUAUUGGUUGGAAAAGAAUUGAAAAUUCUUCUCAGAAUUUGACGAGUUGGUCAUUCAAAGUGACAACCCUCUUAAAAGAAAUCAACGUAGUUGACAUUAUUCAAUAAGGAAUAAGAGUAUAUAGAGACCUCUACUUGAUUAUAUACAAGCAUCACGACAUGUACUUUACCUCAAAAGGUACGCCACGAUUACGAGAAAAAUGUAGCAUUUGCAUCAUAUCUAAUAUCUUACUAAUCUACAUUAGCUAAUGAUCAUUUAUUAGCGGCAAAAUUAAGCGCAGAUACCGAAGAAACAUUAAAAUUAAUGAGUAAGGAGACACGACGACGAGAAAAUAAUAGUGAAAAGCAAUGGCAGGAGUGAUAUGAUCCACGAUUGUUAUAUGAAAAAAAUAAAAAUAAAACAAAUAUUAUCGAAAAUGGGUCAGUGUUCUACUGUCUAGUAUCUCGAAGUUAAUCGCAAACUAAAGAUUUAAUUGUACGAGAGAAAUUGACACAAUUCUCGGGGUCAGAGUGAUUCAGGUGGUAGGGAAACCGAACAUGGCAUAUUUAAUGGUACGAACACACACAAACACACACUCACUCACACUUUCAUUGCAUCAAACCGGUUAUACAUACAUUGAUUAAAGUAAAUACAUACAUAUAAAUUAAUUGUCUCGGACACGACUCGGGCCGGGCUUCAAACAAUCUCACCGUAGACAGCACUCACACUCACGUUUUUAAAAGUCUAUAAAUUGAAGCUUGCGUGUAUGAUAUUUUCUUGGGAUUUUUGACUAGCUCAAUUUUUAUCGGCCUGGCUGCGUUUAAAGAGAAACAAACAAAAGAUGAUCCCUGACAACAGUGAAAGAGGAGUUGUGGAAAUUCUAUAACUUGUGAUUAUUAAAUAUGAAUAAAAAAAAGGAUGUGUUAAAAUUUUUGUACAAAUCAAGUGAGUAGGUAUUUUUAUUAAUGACGUCGCGCGUAAGUUACUGAAAAGUACCUAAAAUCAUGUUCUUACUUCAUCCGUUGAACGACUCGAGAUUUUUCAAAAGAGAGAGAGAAAAAUACUGCAAAGCGAGAAGAAUCAUAAUUUGAUCGACGACAUAAAACACGAAACACACACACAAACACACACAGUUUCCUUUGCGCUUCAGUUCGAGUUUGAUGUGAUAGUGGAAAUUAGAACAAACGCCGUUAUUCAACGAAACAAUUUUUAUCACUCACAAGACACUCACUCACGCGAGAUAUCCUUCUUCCGAGGAGAUGCGAAUUGCAAAAACUCUUGUACAUAAAAUAAUAAUCCUGCUCUUAUAUACCGCCAGACGAAAAGAAAAACAAAAAACACGUGAGAGAAUUUUGUGAGCGAGAGAGAGAAUAAAAUGCUUUCUAUACACACACACACACGAAACACACGAUAAGAUUAAACAUUAACAAAACGUAACUUUGACUUAAUUAAGCGAGAAAAAGCAGCUGAAUAAGAGAACAGUAGCGACGUAGUGAUUUGAGUAAAUUAUUCUGUAAGGGACAGAACGUAAUGCUAGUGCAUUGAGAUGAACCCACUGACUUUCAAUAACGCCAAUAGUUUCUAGUUUUUCUCGUGUUUUAACCAAAGACGACAGCACAAACGCGUUACAUUAAUUAAUUAAUUAACUUGGUGGGUAAUCGGAUCAGCCAGCCACUUUCUCUUGCAGCAGGUAUUGCAAAAAUGACUUCACCCAAAAAGACAAAACGGGGAGCGUUUCGGCUGCGACGACGACGAGGAAAAGGAUUCAGGAAAAAUAAAAAGACGAAACACGUACGUCCGACCGGCGCUCACUCACACUCACUCAGAUGUUCUGUAAUUGGUGCUCAAACCACGGUUAAUGGAAUUGCAUUGUAAAUAAUAUCGCGCGUUGAACUUGCACUGCAUAUUCUGACUUUCGCUCCCUCUCCUUCUUCACCCACGCGUUAACACACACACACACACCAAAUAAGGAAAGCAAAACACCGACACGAAAUUGAUUGCGAUUGUAUAUGUACAUAGCAAUUUGUUGCGUUAUAUCACUUGUGUUGUUGAUUUGGACGUUAAUUAACACACGUAAAACUAGGUGACAUGAUGCUGCCACACGCAAUUGCUCGAACUUUGUGAAUUCUGUCAGAGUUGGAAUGAUUAUAUUAUUACUGUGCGACGAAACAAUUUGUAAAAAGUAUAAGAAUGAAAAUUUCCCCUUGGCGGUGGAGUUCAAAGACGGAAAUAAUUAUGAGUGACACGUCCUGGGGCGUGAAUGACUGAACAUAUUUUCAGAAUAUAAUUGUCAUUUUUCGAUAGGAUUCGUCGCGUUCCUUUCUCCGAUUUUAUUGCUGUUUUCUCACUGCUACGUGUAUCAUCUAUUUGUAUAUGUAUUUUCCAUUUCGGAACGACAAAAUAAUGUUUCCCACGUCCGUCUUGACGGCUGGACCCUUUUUAAGGUAAUGUUUUUUUUCUGUUAUUGUUGAAGCUUUGGAUUUCUUGUUGUUGUCAUUUUUGUGUAUGUAUUUUUUAUAUUUUUUCAAUUUUUGAUUUAUUCUACGCCUCAAUGCUCUCUCUUUUUGCCGAUCUUGCCUGAUUUUGACUUUCAAGGCUAAAUUGAAAAAACAAAACAAAGGUUGAGCAAGAGAGACAUGUUGUUUGUUGAUAAUGAAAUAUGAAUGCUAUCUUUAUAUUUUAACAAAGUGGAUAUAAUAAUACAAUAUUAUUGAUCGUAGAAUUGAUCAUACUUCCUAAAAAUUUUGCAAAGGUUCUCUCAUCACUAAACAAGAAAAUGGAAUGAAAAAGAUUUGACGAUAUUGUAGUAUCUAUUGCAACAACUAUUUAUAGUAUAAUUAUAUACAACCAAGCACUUCUUCUUGCAUUACAAUUAUGAUAUUAAAACAAAGUCAAAAAUACAACAA